AUGGACGGUGAAGCUGAAAUGACAAUUCUCUUUGACAUUAUGAUCGGCCAUUGGACGAAGAAGAAAAAUAAGGAAGAAUUGAAAAUAAUGCAGAAGAAUGGUUAUCAUGGAAAAAAAUUUUCCCUAAUAUGCAUUAUUUUGCCGUACUCAACUGUUCACUGUCGCUUAUUACAAUGGGUUUUGGAAAAUAUAAGCAAUUGGAAUAAUCCAAUUGGAAAUAAUUUUACACUUUACGUUGAAGCUCAUUAUCCAUUUAGUUGGAGUUAUACUCCAAUUUUUGAGAUCACAUGUUUUUUACAAUAUCUUGGAGUGAGUUUUUAUUUUGCUCAAACAGCAUAUGAAUCGAAAUGGUACAAUUUACCACCGCAUAAAUCAAAAUGUCUUCUUCUUUUGAUGCAAAGUGGUUAUAAACCAAUUCCAAUAACAGCUGGUAAAUUUUUCGUUCUUAACUUUAUGCUAUUUGGAAGCAUUAUAAAAACAUCUAUGGGUUACCUAUCAUUUUUAAUAACAAUGAAAGAAAGCAAUAAAUAA